AUGAGUUUGCUCGGUUCGAGCAGUAAUGUAAGUGCCGCUCAUUCUCGAUCAAAUGAAAUCGGUAGUAAAGACGCGGGAAUUCGCAGGUCUAACCAGACCUCCAACAAUUCAGGGAGUGUCGGAGAAAGCGAGCAAUUGGAAGAAAUCGACGUUGAUUUCACUGCGGAAUAUGAUGAUGAUGUCGAUGAUGGCAUCGAUCAACCUCAAAUGGGAACCCGGGCGGAUAAGUCUUUGGGUCUCCUAACCCAAAGAUUCAUUCGUUUGUUAGAGUGUUCUGCUGGCGGCAUUUGUGAUUUAAAUCAGGCAGCAGAGGCGUUGAACGUUCGGCAAAAGCGGCGAAUUUACGAUAUCACGAAUGUUCUCGAGGGUAUAGGGCUCAUAGAGAAGAAGUCGAAAAAUGUCAUACAGUGGAAAGCUGGUGAUCUUUUGAAAGCUGACGAGAAGGAAGACGAGCCGGGCGUAAUUUCUCAUCUGGAAGGUUUACAAUCGGAAUUGAUUCAACUGCGAGAAGAGGAAAACGCCUACGAUGAACACAUCAAGUGGCUUCAGCAGAGUAUGCGUAAUGUGUGUGAGUCAUCGAAAAAUCAGCGUUGUGCAUACAUAACUCAGGCAGAUCUCCAGAAGGCAUUCCCUUUCUCGAGCACAUUUGCUGUGCAAGCGCCUCCUGGAACAAAUGUUGAAGUCAUCCCGCCAAGGUUCGGAGGUAUCGCCGAUUCACGAUAUGUGCUUCGUUUGUCGAGCUCGUGCGGACCCAUUACUGCUGUUUUUGCCAAUAAGUUCGAGGGACGCGCCAGGAUGUACAGGGCUAUCAUGGAUUCUAGUCGCUAUCAGGUUGAGCAUGGCCUUUACACCGCAGCAAGUGACGAUUCUGGUCCAGUUUUCGAGGAAGAUCCUGAGGAACAAUUAGGAACAUCACGUAGACGUCGAAUUGAGGAGUCUAAAAGCGGUCGAGCAACUACAUGCAGCACCCUGGUGCAAAUACAACCGCCUCCAAACCAUGAAGAUUAUCAGUUUCGGGUCAGAAAUUACAGUAGCGCAUUCGACUUGUUUGUGGACGAGAUAUAG